AGAAGAGGGAGGGGGUGGGGUUUUGAGCUCAGCUCGGUGGCGGUGGUGGGGGCGGCCUGCGAAGGUGUCAUGGCUGCUGCCACUGAGCUUAGUCGCCCGAGCAUCGGUGAUAGGAGCCUGGAACAGAGCUGCAGCCCCAACCUCUCCCAAGAGGUGCUUUGUGAAAUCUUUCGCUCCCUGCAUACCCUGGCUGGACAACUUAACCUCAGAGACGAUGUGGUGAAAAUUACAAUCGAUUGGAACAAGCUCCAGAGCUUCUCGGCAUUCCAGCCUGCUUUGCUCUUUAGUGCACUUGAGCAACACGUUUUAUAUUUACAGCCUUUUUUAGCAAAACUUCAGCCUCUGAUUAAAGAGGAGAAUACAGCUGUUGUUGAAGACAUAGGAAAAACAGAAACAGGGAACAAGAAUGAAGUAAAUGCCAAAUUUCCAGUUGGAGACCUACAAGAGGAAGAAAAGCACAAAGAUUGUGAUUUAGGAGAUGUGAAAAAGACACAGAUCCAUUUUGAUCCAGAAGUAGUUCAAAUAAAGGCUGGAAAAGCAGAAAUUGACAGACGAAUAUCUGCAUUUAUUGAAAGAAAGCAAGCUGAAAUCAAUGAAAACAACGUCAGGGAAUUUUGCAAUGUUAUUGAUUGUAAUCAAGAAAAUAGUUGUGCAAGAACUGAUGCCGUUUUUACCCCUUACCCCGGAUUUAAAAGUCAUGUAAAAGUUUCUAGAGUUGUGAAUACAUAUGGACCGCAGACUAGACCUGAAGGAAUUCCAGGGUCUGCUCAUAAAGCUAACAGCAUGCUCCGAGAUUGUGGUAAUCAGGCCGUAGAAGAACGACUACAAAAUAUCGAGGCUCACUUGCGACUGCAGACAGGUGGUCCAGUGCCAAGAGACAUUUAUCAGAGGAUUAAAAAACUGGAGGAUAAAAUCCUUGAAUUGGAAGGCAUCUCUCCUGAGUAUUUUCAAUCUGUAAAUUUUUCUGGAAAGAGAAGAAAAGUUCAACCGCCUCAACAGAACUAUUCACUAGCUGAACUUGAUGAGAAAAUCAGUGCUCUCAAGCAAGCCCUGCUCCGAAAAUCAAGAGAAGCAGAAUCCAUGUCAACUCACCACCUCCCAUGAAAAACUCCUCUCCUCCUUGUCAUUUUCCUUUUUAUAUAUACAUGUGUGUAACUUAGGCUGCAGUUAAUUACAUGGAUAUAUAUUUAUCAACGUAGACUUCCCUCUGAGGUCAAGGUUUAUUUUCACGUGAGUCCAGCUUGCAGCAAGUAAUCUUCAGAUAUUCAUUCCAGUGAAUUUUGAAAUAGUUAAUGCAUUGAAAAUAGCAUUGUCAUAAUUUAUUUCCUUCUGUUUUAAAGGAGGUGUUUUGGAAAUUAAAAAACUUGAAAGUACGUCUGUGUGUGUAUGUGUGUACCACAGAAGGAAGAUUUGUUUUGAGUAGUGAUAUUUAAAAGGACUUUAUAUUUGUAACAACGAUGUUAACCUGUUUAUUAGUUUAAAUCAGUCCUUUGUACAUUAUAGGCAUUCAACAAAAAUUUAUUGAUUGAAAUGAAUGCAUACACUUUUUUCAAAUGUCAAUUUUAAUGUAAAUAAACAGAU